GAUUGCUUUGCUUGGGGGCUUUUCAACAUUAAAGUGUUGCCGGUUUCGCGCCCUGAAAUCCAAAUGACUUACAACUACAUCCCCACCUCUCAGCCCAUGUCGGGGACCUCGACAGGACGCAGUUCCCCUAGCGAUUUGGGCGGAUCCGGGACAGCCAAGGCGCCCUUUGGCCCUCCUGGGUCGAUUGGUGCUGCCAGGCUGGGGGCCGGGUCUCCCUCGGAGCUGGGAGGACGUCUGUACCCGAAACGUGCCCGUGAAAUUCAAGCGCAAGAAGGCGUGUCUUCUAAUAUCUGGGGUCCUCCGACCAGCGGUCAUUCAACCCCGCUUCGGGAGAAUAUCCCCGAAUCGCCCAGUCAGGAUAGUUUCCCUGACCUCAUUACCAACUCCAGUGCCUCCAUGUCUGGCUCUGGGCGCAGGGCUCGAGCUGGAACCGUGCCUUCUCGAUUCCCACCAAUGACAACUUUGAGUGAAAUGGACCUUCAACAGCCAUUCAUCUCGCAAACCUCUCGACCCACGCCCUCGACCAGUCCGUUCCGCCCUCCAGGUGUCUCUGGAAUCGAUACGGGUGCGCAAAUUGCUAGCUCAGGUGCGCCAAACCCGGCCCUGCUAUCCCGUCUUCGAGCUGGCUCGAUGCCGCAGAGGGGCGGCUUGCUUGGCUCAGUUAAUCCUUUCGGUCCGUCAUUGUUCACUUCGGCUUGGUCGAGUGGUCGCGAUCGUGCCUCAACCUUAACUAGCAUUCGGUCGUCGGAUGACCCCAGCUCACCUAGCUUCUCUUCGUUCUCGCGAGAUGGUCUGACGGACUCCGACAGGACUUUGGAUUACCUUGGUCUUGCGGAGACUCCUCAGGCCGGACGAGCGGCUCUUGCACGGCCUUCUAUGGAGGCCCUUAUGCAACAGCAGCAGCAGCAGCAGCAGCAUGCGCCUGGACUACCAGGGCUUCUGGCUGAUAUGGCAAUGAUGAAGAGCAAUAACCGCUUUAGGUCGUAUUCCGUGAAUGCAAAGGAAAAGUAUGCCGAUGAUGAAGAUAUGGAAUAUGAGAGCCGCUACUCUCAACUUCCCUCCGGAACUCUGACACCAUCUGCCGCUGCGACAGCUGCUCAACUCGCCGCGACACAGGCGCAAAUCCACCAGCACAAUCUGGCUGUUCAGGCCUUUGCCUCCCAUGCCUCGGUCAAUCGGCCUCGAGCACGCACUGCUGGUAUUCUAGAGGCUCCUCCUACUCGGUCAUCUAUUCGUAACUACCUAGCAACUCCCUCGCGUCUUGACAAUUCAUUCAAUGCCGAGGAUCUCAUGGUAGAGAAUGAUUAUGAUGAUUUGUCUGAUGCUGUUCUCGGACUCCAUCUUGGAGGAAACGGAAUUCCAAUGGGUAUGCGGGCCACCGGUGAGAUGGUGGAUGAAAACAAUCAGGAUGGACCAACCCGAGCACUGUGGAUCGGCAGCAUUCCCGUGUCGACAACUGUGACUUCUCUUGAGGCCAUCUUUGGUAUGUACGGAAAGAUUGAGUCCACUCGUGUUCUCACUCACAAGAACUGUGGAUUUGUCAAUUUUGAGCGCCUCGAAAGUGCAGUGCAGGCACGGUCGGUUCUCAAUGGCAAGGAGAUCUUCCCAGGUGCGGGACCUGUCCGAAUUGGCUACGCCAAGGUUCCUGGUGCUUCGGCAACAGGCACGCCUGGUGCAAACGGCAUUCAGUCAUCCCCAACCCCUGACUCAACCUACAAGUCUAACCUUGCGAUGGGUGAAGGUCUGGACCGGGCAGAGACUGGCUCUGUUCCCCAGAUCCCAGCACUCAGUGACCUUCUUCCUGAGAUCAUCGACAUUAUACAAGACUUCGGGGCUAAUGAGGAUAACACGCUCAAUAUCAAGAAUAUUGUUCAAGGUGCCAUCGCUUUCCAAGACUUUGAGCCGGAAAUCCCUCCAAUUCCUGAGCCUAGCCAGACUCGGAUGUUUGACGCCCCUCGCCUUCGUGACAUUCGUAAGCGAAUUGAGGCCAACACUUGUUCCAUUCAAGAGGUUGAAGAAACAGCCGGUGCAAUGCUUCCUGAGAUCGCAGAACUGGCCUCCGAUUACCUGGGUAAUACCGUCGUCCAAAAGCUCUUCGAGAUUUGCUCCGAGUCUACCAAAGAGCAGAUGCUUUCACACAUUGCUCCCCAUCUGGCCGAGAUUGGUGUUCACAAAAAUGGAACUUGGGCUGCACAGAAGAUCAUUGACGUUGCUAAGACACCCACUCAAAUUAACAUGAUCAUCGAUGCUCUCCGUCCUCACGCUGUCUCUCUCUUCCUGGAUCAAUACGGAAACUAUGUGCUCCAAGGUUGCCUGCGAUUUGGUGCUCCUUACAACAACUUCAUCUUCGAGACCAUGCUUAGUCGGAUGUGGGAGAUUUCCCAGGGACGAUUUGGCUCUCGGGCCAUGCGUGCUUGUUUGGAAAGUCACCACGCCACAAAGGAUCACCAACGCAGCCUUGCUGCUGGCAUCUCACUUCACACCCCAAAGCUUGUCACCAAUGCCAACGGGGCUCUUUUACUCACUUGGUUACUUGACAAUUGCACUUUCCCUCUUCGUCGGACUGUUCUUGCCCCAUUGCUCGUUCCUCAUCUCGUGUACCUUUGCACCCAUAAAGUGGCUUACCUCACAGUUCUCAAGGUCAUUAAUCAGCGCAAUGAGAACGAUGCCAGAGAGACCAUUAUCAGAGCCUUGUUCUUCAGCCCCGGUGAUGAAACGUUGGAGAAAAUCCUGAGUGACCAGACUUCCGGCGCCACUAUGAUUUUCAAGGUUCUGACUACUCCAUUCUUCGAUGAAGCCAUGCGUGCGGAAGUUGUGAAGAAUGUCGCAAAGGUCUUGACCAAAAUAAAGGCCUCUCCUAGUCAGGGAUACAAGCGCCUGAUGGACGAAGUCGGUCUCUCCUCGCGUGGAAGCGGCCGUGAGCAUCAUCAUGGGCGCGAGCACGGUACAAGCCACUCUUCCACCCCGGAAAAGCCUCAACAACGUCAGUCAUCCAGGCACGGAAAUUCCAAUUACCCUCCUCAGCCUCCCAUGGAACGACAGUACAGCGGACAAUUUACAGACUCUCGCUCGAUUGCUGCCGACCACAACAACGCUCCCUCGUUGGAUCCGUAUGCCAGCAAUGGUAUGAAUGGCAUUAAUGGCAUGAAUGGCAUGAAUGGGUUUGCAAACCCCUUAAAUGGUCUGGGUGGUGCUGGGUUCCAGGAUCCUGUCUCACAGCUUCCCCAGUUACAGUACCACCAGAACUACCUUGCUGCCCAAGGACGCGGUGUCUCUCCUGCUGGCAUGUACGGUAAUAUGCCGGGGGGCAAUUUCGGAUACCCAGGCGGGUCGCCUUCCGUUGAGAACUUGCGAAGCAUGCAAAACCAGCAAUCGUCACCACUGUCAGGACCCAACCACAUGCUCGGCCAGUCAAACUACCCUUCGCAACAAUUUAGCCAAGGAAUGCCUCCUGCUCAAGUCUACCCAUAUCCGCAGUACUACUCCCAGCCCCAACCGGGACAGCCCCAGCCCGGACAGCUCCAGCCGGGACAACUCCAGCCGGGACAACUCCAGCCGGGACAGCCACAGCCGGGCCAGCCACAGCCAGGCCAGGGACAGCCGGGUCAGGGACAGCCAGGCCAGGGACAGUCGGGCGGUGGCCGACGUGGACGGGUGAGUUAUCUCUAUGAUGCCUACUAG